UACAUAUACAAGGAACACAUGUACAGGUAUUUUAUUAGGUCCUUGCGAUUUUGAAACUCACCCUCGUUGAAUACAGAAAGAAAGAAGAAGGCAAGAGAAAGAGAGAGAAAGAGAGAGAGAGAGAAAGAGAGAAAAAGAGAGAGACAGACACGGAGAAUAGAGCGGAAGUAGAUUUGGCGGAGACCAAGAAAAGGGUGCUUUCUAGCGCGUCGAGUAUCAGAAAGAUAUUUUUCAUUUGCGUCGAAUCCGUGUAACGAGAGAAGUAAAAUGUCCACGAUGAGUGUCGUCUCGAACUCUUCCGUCGAGGUGGACUCGGAUUCUUCAAACGACGUGUCGAGCAAGGACGACAAUAGUGCCGAGAGGAAGUUCAUCCUACGCAACGAGCUGUACAAUAGUCUGCUGGCGAGCGCCUUAGGCAAAACUGUGCUCAACAGGCAUCUCAAUUUCAAAGAGCAGGGGAUUAAUUUCAAUCUCGCGAACCUCAAGGACAACCUGAACGCGCUCGGUGCACUGAAGGAGUUAAAAGACCUGAAGGGUUUGACUGUCAGCAGCGUGCCCGCCUUCCCGAGGAACUUGGCCCUUCAUCGGGAAGAUCACGAUGAGAAAACCUCGUUCGCGUGGUCGGAGGGUGGCGAAGAAGGCGGUGGUGGUGGAGGCGGUGGUGGCGGUGGAGGGACGGGCGGGGCAGGAACAGGUGGCACGGGCCCAGCGGCCGCCGGAGGUGGAGGACUGGCCCAUUGGGUCAGUGUUAUGGCGGAACACAUUCACAAUCCGCACUCGGCCACUGGCGUCAGUGUUCAUCAUCAACAGCAAUCCCCACCUCAGCCGCCUUACCCGUGGAACAAUGGCCUUUCCAGUGACCAAUGCGCGCCGCACGACAAGGAAAGCGACUACUGGGGUGGCGGCCGGGGUGCGAAACAAGGUUACGAGCACUUUCUGUUACAGGCGAAGAUGAACGCGGAUCACGGCCAGCUGCAAAAAGGUGAUGAGCAGUACCGCGGCGCCGGCGGCUCGAGCAGCGGGAGUCCGCCCGCGAGUUUGCUGGUGGUGCCUCAACCCCUCACCGUCAAGCCUUCGCAUCCAUCGCAUCUGAAUCCGCAUCUCGGUGGGCCUCACUCGCAUCCGCCGAGGAAGUACCAGUGCAAGAUGUGUCCUCAGAUAUUCGGUAGCAAGGCGGACCUGCAACUCCACACACAGAUCCACAUGCGCGAGGCGAAGCCGUACAAGUGCACGCAGUGCUCCAAGGCGUUCGCCAACUCCUCGUACCUGUCUCAGCACACGAGGAUCCACCUGGGCAUUAAGCCGUACCGCUGUGAGAUCUGCCAGCGGAAGUUCACCCAGCUAAGCCACCUACAGCAGCACAUUCGCACGCACACCGGCGACAAGCCAUACAAGUGUCGGCAUCCGGGCUGCACGAAGGCGUUCAGCCAAUUGAGCAACCUGCAGAGCCAUUCCCGGUGCCACCAAACCGACAAGCCGUACAAGUGUAACUCCUGCUACAAGUGCUUCUCCGACGAGCCGAGUCUGCUCGAGCACAUACCGAAGCACAAGGAGUCGAAGCACCUCAAGACGCACAUCUGCCAGUACUGCGGCAAGAGUUACACGCAGGAGACCUAUCUGGCCAAGCACAUGCAGAAGCACGCCGAGCGUACCGACAAGAGACCGCCGAUCAUCGGCACCGGUCUCAGGCCGUCGAUACACGCGAUGACCGCCCAUCACCAGGACUACUGGCCGAAGGUCAGCCCGGACUCGGUCAUCGGCGACCUGCACGAGAGGCUGCCGCAUCAUCACCACCCCGAGUAUCACCAGAACCAGAAUCCGGAGAUGUUGCUGCCGGGCCACGGGCCGGGCCACCGCGGCGAGUCGAUCGAGAACGACUCGAGGCAACAGACGCCGCAGCCAGGCGCGAAUCAUCACCCCAACAGCAGCUCGGCCUUCACGCCCAUCUCCUCGAUCUCGAUCAACUCGAUCUCCUCCAUGCAACACCCCCUCAACCCCCUCAACCACCUGCACUAUCCCGGUGGCCACCAUCCGGCGUCGCGACCGUACCUCUACGAGGCGUUCAACACCACGCAGAAGUCGUCGCCGACGUCCUCGUCGUCCGGCGUGACGCCCGGCACCGCCAGCAACCAGAACGCCACGUCCUUCCCGAACCAGCUCAUCAGCCUCCACCAGAUCAGGAACUAUGCCCAUCAGCCGAACCUCGGCAACCUCGGCAACCUGGGCAAUCUGGGGAAUCUCAGCAAUCUUAGCAAUCUCAGUGCCACGAUGGAGAGUCACGCGCUGCUGGGUGGUCUCAAGGAAAAGCAGUAACUCCGGUCGGUCUUGGAGAUUAGCUUAAUAAAGCACUCGUUUUCCACUAGGCUCUCAAUCUCCUUUAUAGUUUCGCCCUCUCCACCUCAUCGCGCUUCUCCCUUUUUUCUUUUUUUUUUUUCUUCUGCUUUCCAUGACGACACGACGCGAUUCACGCUCGCUAUUCUCUCACCUCCCUUUCCCCGCCUCUCGUUAUCCACCUCCUUCCUUCUUCUCCUCCUCCGCUCCUUUUCUCCCUUCGUCGCUCCUCUCACUGUUCGAUUGUCAUCGCCCUACCCCGCCUCCCGUCUCCGUGAUCUCUUAUUUUAUCCGUCUAAUUUAUUUUCCACGUGGUGACGUGCGCGAAUUCGCCCGUGCGAGCUUCACAGAAAACGAGACCCUCGAGACUUUCGGUAGUGCUCGCUGGUGUUUAUCAACUUUGUUUCGCGUAUUGCGCGCGUGCGCACACAUACACGGGUAUAUGCAAGAGUGACGGAGAAGAUCUCUCUCGUCGUGAUCUACCGAUGGGGAAACGCGCACGAUGAAUACCGACACACUAGGAAAUAGGUAAGAAAUGCGAGGCGAGAUCGAUUGGAGAUGUGCGCUCGAAGAUGUAGACAGUUUUCGAGAGAACCUACAUCUCUCUCCCCUUUUCUUUUUUAGUGUUUUUUUUUUUAUCUUCUUCUUUUUUCUUAGUGUUACUCCCCUUCUCUCGUCUUUUCUCCUCCUCCCUUAGUUAGACUCGUAUUUAUUAGGUCGUUGCUUGGAACCUGUGUUUCUGGCCUGGGGUUGGAUUGGUUUGGGGUUUGAUUUUUCAGUCGACGGUGUGCAGUCUCGUACGAUCUCCAAAGCUGAGAAGCUCGAGUCUAAUUCUAAAUCCAGACCCGAGUGUCUGACGUAUAUGCGAGGAAACUCAAGCAGCGGCUGCGACAAAUACGGUCCUUGGUCCUUGGACUUUGUUUCGAUCGCGCGUGUAAAUCUGACUCACUUGUUUUAUCAUGGCUACGUCGGCCGCCAACGGGGAGGAACCGGCCGUUGUGCACUCGGGGGCAGAUUUUCGACUUGAAACUUUGUUCUUUAGGCUCCGCGUUGCCGCGUUGGAACGAAGAAAUCCGGGCGAGCGAGUGACCGGUCCGCGAGCGAAAUUAACGACAUUUCGACGCAGCAAUGACCACUCGAUGUAACUCAUUUCGCUUUAAAUAAUAGUAAUAAUGGCAAUAAUAAUAACAAUAACCCAAGUAGGAGCGAUAUAAUAGUAAUGACAAUAGUAAUAUAUAAUAAUGGCGUACCGAUGAUAACGACGACCGGUGAGGCGAUAAUCAUUUCUUUAUUUGUGCAUCUGUGCAUGUAUUUGUGCACAUAUUCAUGAAUUUCUUAAUAUAUGCACGUACUUGUUGUAUUCAUUUGUGUAGCGUCUGUCUACAAAGGGCUCUCCGUGCGGCUUUUUCAAAGUGUACGUGCCGCUUUUUUGCUUUGCGUGUGCCGCGUGUGUAUAUGUGUAUGUAUAUAUUCCUAUAUAUUUCGCGCGCGCACGCGCGUGUGUGUGUGUGUGUGUGUGUCUGCGUCUCUUUAUAUGCCCGUCUUGCACUUUUUCACUGGUUUCCUCUCUGCUUUGUUUUAUCACUGAUAUCUCCGCGCAAUUGCGUCCUGCAAUACUUUUCCUACCCGGUCUGUUCGUAAUACCUACGUUCCCUUAUGCGUUCCUCUCGAGUUCAUUACGACACGAUAUUCGCAUUUAUCUCGUCCCAUCGCGUACAAUCUCUACUUUCGUCGGCUAAAUUCCAACGUUGUGCAUUCUCCCUCGGCUUAUUUGUCCGCCAAAGACGAUCUGUUUGUCGGCUGGCCGCGGCGAAAUCUUAAAUUAAUUAAAACCCAAGUCGCAGGCCGCAGCGUAACGAGAAACUUAAAAUCCGCGACGGGAAUCUCGCAAGCCAUACAUGCUCUCGAUGAAAUUCGACCGUGUAAAAAAAAAGUAUAACUUUACAGUUUCAUUAUAUCGAUGAAAACCAUCGCGCGCCGCCUCUCUCGUUAGACAAGUGCGUAGUGAAAAAAAAAAAAAAGAAAAAAACAUUUCUGCGAGCGCGCGGUUUCUCAGAAACGAGAGAAGAGACCGUGUAAAAUCCACUCGAUUAAAUUUCUCGUUUAACCUCGUCGUACGCGCCAUGUAGGCGAUGUAUCGUAAAAUCAAGUCGAUAAAAAUUUCUCGCUCAAGCACACAAGUUCGGAGUCUACUUGGUCUCGCGAGGGGAUCCCCGUUGGAAAUGCGCGGCGCGUCUCGAAGUAGGAAUAUUACGUCCCGAUGACGUUCACCGGGACGUAGCCUCGAGGUGCUCCUUAGAAAAGCACUCUCGACGUGUACGGGGAAAUGAGUAACGUAAGCGAGAGAAAACACGCGAAAGAAAAGAAGAUGGAGGAGUGGGCGAUGGAGCGUGAAAGAGGGAGUCGCGCGCGUAAUCAAGUUGAACUUGAGGAUAAUCCGUCGAAUUCGCGAUUACGAACGUGAAAAGCAGCGCGGUCGACGACGCACGCCUCAAUCGUCGAACACCGAAUGACACAGAAGACACGUCGAAGAGAGAGAGAGACGCGGCCGCCCCAACCCCCGACACGCUUUCGAGUACAUUUCUGCGGGAUGACUCCGCGGCAUUAUAUCGGCCCACGAGGAUGGAAAUCAUUAGCCGUUCUAUCAGCGGGAAAUUACUUCGAUAUCCGUCGGCGGGC